AUGCGUGCACUCGACGCUUUUUCUCUUCUCUUCCCUCUUCUAUGUCAUUCAUCGUUUCAACAAUAUCAACCACCACAAUCGCAACAACGAUAUUCAUAUCAAGGAAAUCAGCAAGGGAGCUUCUAUGUUCAACAACCACCUGGAAUGCAGCAGCACCAACAACUCGGCCAACUACGAGGGGAACCACCCCAGUCAAACCUCUAUCAGCAGCAAUAUGGUGGGUCAGCAAACCAAUUUAGUCAACAGAUCGCUUACGGCCAGUCGGUAAACGGAGCCCAAGUGCAGAUUCGACUAACCUCAUAUCAGAAUCCCACUAUGGCACUAUCCAAUACAACCACCUGCAGUUGUCCAAUAGCAUAUUGUGACUUUUUGCCGCAGAAUCAACAGAACGCCUGCUCAUUCAGCUUCGUUACAGUUAUUUCGUCAGCUUAUCAGUCUGUGCAGUAUAUCCAAUCGGACUUCAAUCCUUUCUUCGGAUCAAUUUCCACUGGAAACUGGACAAAUCCGCAUUCGUUCCAGAUGAUUAGCAAACCAGUCUCUAUUGACAUAUUUGUGCAACAUCUGGGAGUUUCAAUUGACAGCGCGACAGCAAAUCUUCUGUUCUUCGGAAAACUUACACUGGUGGAUUCAUUUAUUGUCGACUUGUCCUUAUUCAAGAAGAGUGGCGGUGGCGAUCAGUCGUUGUCUUUAGUUGGACUUCAGUUAGGAACACAGCUUCAACUCAUCUUGAAUAUCCAGUGUAUAAACGGGAUGAUGGGUGAUAUGUGCGACUUAUCGUGUAACAUCCCUUCGACCUACACCACGAAUAACUAUGCCAUUUGCUCGAAUAAUCGAACAGGAGAUUAUUUCAACUGUACCUACAACAGCUACACUUCUCAGGUUGUGCAGUGUCAGCUGUGCGCCACAAAUGGCAACUUCAAUGGAACGUGCAUGAACACGAUUCCGAUACAGUACAUAGUGCGGCUUUACUUUACAUCAAAUGCACUUUAA